CCUCAUCUUACGGUCGUUGCACGGCCUCGUAACUUGCUUCUAACCUUCAUCUCCAUCUACUAUCCUUCACGAUGACGGCCUCCACCGACGCUCUCUCGCUGCUCAUCCAGCAGACUCGCCAGAACGUCGAGCUUCUCAUCGCAAACAACAAGAUCUCCGCCCUGGAUGGCAGAGAUAUCCUGGCGAAGCUGCCCACGGGCAACGUUGACGACGCUCUGGCGCGCAGUGUAGAGAGCCUAUCUGUGUCCCCAGCACCUACCAUGCCCUCCAUGCCUACUAUGCAGGCACACAGCUACCCGCCGCCUCCAAGCAGUACGCCCUAUUCGCCCCCGCCCGCCGCGCCACCGGCGCCGAAGACACAGCAAGCGCGGGCCUUGUGGGGCUACAACGAGGAUGGCAAGGACGCUAACGACCUCACCUUCUCCGCCGGAGAGACCAUCGACAUCGUCGAAGAGACUAAUGCGGACUGGUGGACCGGCCGUGCCCGCGGGAAGCAAGGCCUCUUCCCCUCCAACUACGUUGAGAAGAUCGGCGCUCCCUCCCCCGCGCCACCUUCAGCAUACAAGAGCGCCUCGCCAACUCUCUACAACAAUGCUUCGCCCGCGUCUUAUAAUAACCCAUCGCCCGCUCCUUACAAAGCACCGCCUUACCAGCCCUCCUAUCAGCCCACGUACCAAGCCCCGCCCCCUGGGCCGCCGCCGCAGGCGCAGUACAUGCCCUACAACGCUGGCUCGGUCUCGAUGCAAGCUCCCCCGCCGCAACAGCCGCCCGCGGAAGAGCCCAAGAAGAGCAAGUUUGGCGGGAAGCUCGGGAACACGCUCGCCCACUCCGCUGUCGGCGGUGUUGGUUUCGGUGCUGGUUCGGCUGUCGGAAGUGGUAUCAUCAACUCUAUCUUCUGAACAUCUCGCAUCAUCUAUGCAUAAAGCAUCCACGUCGUUCCUUCGGACAUCUAGACACAUAUAAUUGCUCUGCUCUGCUUCCGGAUAAUUGACUGUUUGUCUUGCUAGAAACACCAGUCGCUGUCUGUAACCUAUACCGCAAAGGCCGAUGUCUUUCGAGGAAGCCGAGAUUCUGUCUCUAUCUAUCCGUCAUCGCUUUCAGGCGACGCUACCGCGCCGCAAGAGCUACGGGACUUGCUCACGUC